CUUUGUUUACAAGGUGUGUGGAGUGUGUCUGGCUGGGACAAGGAUGCUGUGUGUGUGUGUGCUGCUGUGGGGACCUCAUACACCCUCCUGCUGCCCUCAUACACCCUCACUCUUACUCACCUCACUACCAUACACACAAAAUGUCAGUGGAUGGGCAGCUAGAAGUGACCCCACAAGUGCUGACUGAAGCACAACAAAACCUCAACAGCUUCUGGCCCAAGGUUACUGAUGAGAUACGGCAACUUACACAGUUGAAUGUACUUGGUCAGACUGACCUUCGGCAGCAAGAGCUACCAUUGGCACGGAUAAAGAGGAUCAUGAAGCUAGAUGAUGAUGUUAAGAUGAUAAGUGCAGAGGCACCAGUUUUAUUCAGCAAAGCUGCAGAGAUAUUCAUCACAGAGCUCACCCUUAGAGCAUGGAUACACACAGAGGAUAACAAACGUCGAACAUUGCAGAGAAAUGAUAUAGCCAUGGCAAUUACUAAGUAUGAUCAGUUUGACUUCUUGAUUGACAUUGUUCCAAGAGAUGAGCUAAAACCUACCAAGAGUCGGGAUGAUGCCAACCGAGCUGGAGUUCCCACAGACCAGCAUUAUUUCCAGAUUGCACAACAUUACCAGGCAGUGCUACAGCAGUCCACAGCAAACAACAGUAAUAACUCACAGAACUCUGUACAACAGACUUCUGUCCAGCCCCAGACCAUCCAGAUUGUUCAAACAGGAGGUCAAGCUUCAACAGUUCAGACAACAGGAACCAACGUAGCAUCAGCAGCACAGACUCAGCAGGCACCACAGAUCAUUCAGCUGCAGCCUCAGACCCAAGCACAACAAAGCCAACAACAGGCACAACAGGCUGCACAACAGACUGCUGGAGGAGGGAUUCAGAUCAUUCAGCAAAUCAUUGGGCCUGAUGGACAAGUUCAGCAAAUACCUAUACAAUUGACACCACAGCAACUACAGAUGAUCAAGCUACAGAUGUCUGGUGCCACUCAACAGCCAAUCAUCAUUCAGACAGCCCCUAUACAAGCAGUGACACAACAGGCACAGGCAGUGGUCACCACACAACCCCAAAUCAUUCAGCUGCAGCAGAGUGGAGGUCAGCCCGUCUAUAUCACACAGAGUCAGGCCCAGCAGCAGUAGUAGCAUUUGUUAUGCUGAAUGUGGUUUCAGCUUUAUAGAUAAAAGUUAUAAACUUAAUAAUAAAUCAUGAAACAAAUGAAUAUUAUUGAAAGAUUUCAAUGCUGUUAUAACUAUCAGGAGGACAUUAAUUUCUUGCUAAGUGCCCUUCACAGUUAUAUGCAUAGUGAGCUGUUGGUAUGCAUGCUAUUGUGAAUGAUAUAGAUAUCAGAAGCACAGAGUGAAGAUUGAAGUGUUAAAUAACAGCCUGAUGUCAUUCUUUUGUGGCCGAGAAAGAGAGUUCCUUGUUGUCUGCAUCAUAAGUGAAACACACAAAAAAAAAGAGCUAUUCACUGACUAGUUCUAGACAAACUAGUUUUAACAUAUUUAUUAUUUUCCCAGGUUUAUGUAAGUAAAGACUAGUUCAAAGAUUUCAAGACUAGAGCUUGGGAAAAUGCCAUGAAGAAAGUUUGUGCCAGUGACGAGUGGCUUCAUGAAGGUUAUCGAGAGUUUGUGUGUAGACGGUGGGUGAUGCAAGAGCAUGACAGAUGUAUAUACAAGUGUUUUCCUUGAUAAUUUAUUAUGCAAUAUAUUUUUAAGAGUUAUUAACUCUCAUAUCACAUGCAAGACUUGUAUGUAUAUAAGAUUAAAAGGUAUUUUUUUCAUUUUCAUCCAUGUUAUUCUACUGUACGUAUUUUGAGAAAUGCACUAUCUCUUCAAAGAUUUUUGUAAUUUAUGGUAAUUUAAGCAAUAAAAGCUUUUUUAA